AUGGAUUUCAAUGAACUCGUGGCCAGUUGGGCGGAGCUAGAAGCUGCAAUCCGAGAAAUACAGGGAAAAGUUACAGAUCUUUGGCGCAUCAAUCAGCAACAGGAGGAGAAGAUCAGAGACUUGGAGGAGCAAAACGAAGAUCGAAAUGUCAAGUUCGAGGCCACAAAGACAAGACUCACAAGGACUGAAAUGACAAUCCGAGCUCUAGAGGCGAAGAUUAAGCUCCAAAAAGCCCAGAAUGAAGACUUGAAACAGGAGUCUCAACAGCAACAGGAUGAGAUCAAGGUGUUGAAGUCUCAGAACAAAUGCGAUAAGCGAGAAUAUGCCAGCAGAGACUCAGAGCUGGAAAGUGAGAAUUCGCUCCAAACCGCCAAAAUCUCCGAGUUAGAGAUGGCGAAGUCAUGCGAAGCCUCGGGCGUCAAAGCUAACUUUUCCUUCCUCCAGUCCAAACUUAUGCGCGCAGAAACAGAGUACAAAGAUAAGAUCAAAGAGCUGAAUAGCAAGAGUCUGAAGCAGAAAGUGAAGUUGAGCAACUGUAUCAAGGAGUUACAGAGAAUGAAUGAAGAUCAAGAAGCUGAGAUUGAAGCUCUAAAGGAUCUUCUAAAGGACAAGGAGGAUCUCAUUUCCAAGCUGCUGGGCGCCUCGCAAACAAAGGAUUCAUCGUGGGAAACUCAAUCACAGCGACUUGCCCUGUUAGAAACCCAGGUCGAAACUCUAGAGGCUGACCACCGAUGCCGAGAGUCUAGAAGCCAAGAACUCGAGAUGAAAUACAGCGCUGAGAUAUUCCGGCGUGAGAAGUUACAAAAGCAACUCAAGUUGAACCAAUAUGAUGUUGACCAAGUACACGAGAUUGCUCAGAGUCUGGAGUUCCACUUCAACAGCACCUAUGUCAGAUUCUCUGGGGAUAAUGAGCUACAUACAAAGUCGAAAUUGGAGGGGGCGUAUAAAGAAGCGCAAAGGCUGCAGGAUAAGCGGAGGGGUUUGGCUCUAGCGCGACGAAUGCGUAUUCGAGAGGAAGAGGAUCGAGACGGGCAUGCUUACUCAAACGGAGAUUGA